AUGAACUGGGGCAUUUCCGAUAUUUCGCAGCAUUCAUCAUCCUCGAUCCACGCCCUCAAAAUCGGCAUCAACUACGGCCAAAUCGCCAGCAACCUCCCAUCCCCAUCCCGCGUGGCACACCUCCUCUCCUCCGUCAACGUCACCCGAGUCAAACUCUACGACGCAGACCCCACAGUCCUCUCCGCCUUUGCGGGCUCAAACGUCGAGUUCAUAAUCGGGCUCGGCAACGAGCACCUCCAACGCAUGUCCGACCCAGCCCAGGCCCAAUUAUGGGUCCAGCAAUACAUAACCCCUCACUUCCCCUCCACCAAAAUCUCCUGCAUCACAGUUGGCAACGAAGUCCUCACCGGCAACAACACCCAGUUAAAAUCCUUCCUCCUUCCCGCCAUGCAAAACGUCAACAACGCCCUCCAAAUUUCAGGCCUAAGCAACUACAUAAAAGUGACCACGGCCCACGCGUUCGACGUGCUAGGCAGUUCAUUUCCCCCUUCGUCCGGCGCAUUUCGCGAAGACAUAGCCGAGUAUCUUCAUGCAAUACUUGAUUUCCACUCGCAGACAAAUUCCCCUUUCUUGAUAAACGCGUACCCGUUUUUCGCGUACAAGGACAAUGUGGGCCAGAUUUCGCUGAACUACGUGUUGUUUGGGCCCAAUGACGGAAUGAUUGACUCUGGUACGAAUUUGCGGUAUGAUAACAUGUUGUAUGCGCAGAUUGAUGCGGUUUACAAUGCGAUUCGGGUGAUGGGCCACACGGAUGUGAGGGUAAAAGUGUCCGAGACGGGAUGGCCUUCGAGGGGCGACCCGAAUGAGGUGGGGGCCUCUGUGGAGAAUGCGAGGUUGUAUAAUGGGAAUUUAGUGAGUAGGAUGGAGAGGAAUGAAGGGACCCCAGCAAAUCCGUCAAUUCCGAUUGAUGUCUUUGUGUUUGCGCUGUUUAAUGAGAAUAUGAAGCCUGGGCCAUUGUCCGAGAGGAAUUAUGGGCUGUUUUAUCCAGAUGGUAGCCCGGUUUAUAAUAUUGGGCUGCAGGGUUAUCUCCCGAGGAUGGAUUAUUCGGGUUCUUGGGGAAAUGUGGUGUUUUUCUUGAAUUUAGUCAUCCCAUUGGUGGUAUUGUUGAUGUGUAAUUUGUAGCUGGAUUUUAUAUCCAUGGUAGCAAAGAUUAUUGAGGGAGUGUAUGAAGAUAACAGAGUCCACUGAAGGUUCUUAGAAGUUCAAAUCAGUUCUUUGUGGGGCCAUAUUUUGAAGAUGAAUGAAGCUACCAAUCCGAUGUGGAAGAGAAUAUUAUUUUUUUUUCAUCAAACUACUUUGAAACAGUGAAUAGCAGAUUUUUUUUUAUUUUUUUCACACGUGGAGAUUUAGAUUAGCCAUUUUAGUUGAAUAGAUAUAGAUAUUCUUCGGUCAAAAUAGAAAAUAAAGGGUCUUUCUUCUUUUUCUAAUCCUUGCUUCAUUUCUUACGAAAUUUUAAUCUGUUGCGCAGUUGCAGUUUCCUUAUUUAAUUUUUCGACACUAAGAAUGUCAACUAACAACAAAUUAGGCACACCAUCUGUUAUCUCUUUUCAGACUUUUAUUUUCAUUUUUUCUACCAUUAUACUUAAUUAUAAC